AUGUUGUUUAUUACACGACUGCUGAAUUACCCUUCAAAAGAAGACAAGAAAAAAGAUGAAUACAUUCGGUACCUUAAAGGUGUGCAAAGUUCACUGGAACAAACUUUGUAUGAUCAAUUAAAUAAAGAAAAUGAAGAGAAACAAAUAAUUCAAGGUCUCAGCAACCAGUUCCAGCGCCUGGUCAUUGAGGUCCAAGAGGCUAAAGACAGACACUUAAAUGAGAGCAAUUACGAACAUUUAUUCUCAUCACAGUGUAGAAGAUAUGUCAAAAUGCAGAGAAAAAUGCGAAACUGCAAAAAGAAAUAUCGACGACUCCGCAGACUUCUUGAAAUACAUCAACUGAAUAUCCAAGAAAUGAAGAAGCGUCUGCUAAAAGUGAAAUUAUGCACUGCGGAAAUUGAACAGAAUCAGAAGAGUUUAUAUCGACGUAAAGCUCGGGCUGAAGCCAUCGCUGAAUUUUACAGAUCGAAGACUAAACUAAAUUCCUUAAGUGCUUCCUGGCCAAGACGUAUUUCUCAGAGCAAUAAUGCGCAGACGAUGGUUAAUUCUACACAUUCUUAUUGUACUGAUAUCCCUUUUUAA